CGAGUCGAGUAAAACAAAACAAAAAUAAAAUAAAAAAAAACCGUACGAGGAGAGAGAGAGAGAGAGAGGGUUUCCUUUGGUCAGAGGGUAGAAACUUGCUCUCGCUGGUUAAACCUUCUCUCUUUCGCUUCUUCAUUUCGCGACGUUGUUUUGUUCAGAUCUGAUUACGAGCGAGAGAGAGAGAGAGAGAGAGAGAGAGAGCUUACGACGGAGAAGAUGAGCGGCAAGAAAAGCUAUAACGGGGUUUCAGAUAUCCCGUCAGGGUCGAGGAAGAUGGUACAGAGUUUGAAAGAGAUUGUGAACUGCUGCCCUGAGGCAGAGAUCUACGCCGUGCUCAAAGACUGUAACAUGGAUCCUAACGAAGCCGUCAAUCGCCUCCUCUCCCAAGAUCCUUUUCAUGAGGUUAAGAGCAAAAAAGAAAAGAAGAAAGAGAAUAGGGAUAUACCGGAUUCUCGGCCACGAGGCUAUAGCAACACUUACAACCGUGGGAGUAGAGGUGGUUCUGAUCGUUAUGCUGGAAGAAGUGGAGCUACCUCUUUCGGCUCUAGUGAGUCGGGAAGGCUUCAAGGAAAAACUACAAACAAGAGAGAGAGCGAGAAGCAGACUUAUGCAGGUUCUUUUUCUUCUACGUCUGGAGUAUCCAGCCACCGUCAGAUACCACACAGUGAUUCCGUUGCUGUGGACAGUAAAACGCCAACUGUUAGCUCGGGUAUAUCAUCAUCACAGCCUGUUUCUGUACAGCAAACUCCAUGGUUUGGAGCUGCGGGUCAGAUGUCUAUGGCUGACAUUGUGAAAAUGGGGGGUAGACCCCAUAGCAAGAAAACCAACUCUCAGAAAAAUCACGAGCAUGAAAGUGCUGCAAAUCAACAUGUACCUGUAAAAGAUCAAUGGCCUUCGAUUGAGAAGCCAAUGGCUCCUGGCACUGCUUCUGUAUCAGUGGCACCAACUGAGUCAGAGACAUGCAGCGGUCCAGCAGAUUAUCAGUCCAGUAGAGGAGAUCAUCAACUGAAGGGCCAAUGGGAAGAUACACAGUUAGCAGAUAAUGGUCCCUUUGGAAAUCAUGGAAGAGAUCAGGUGCAGGCUGACACUGUCGCUGAUGGAGUUGUUCCAGAAGAUGAAUCUGGAGUGUCAUCUGAGUUUGAUGAUAAUACAUACAGACACGAAACAACUCAGAACCAUCCUGUUGAGCACCAGAAAGAUCAAGAUAAUGUUUCGUCUGUUGCUGCCAACCUUCAAGAAUUAAGCAUAGAGAACCAUGAUAAACACUCCUCCCAUGAUGAGGAUAGACCUGCUGUCUUAAUUCCAGAUCAUCUGCUAGUCUAUACAGAAGAAUGCUCACAAUUAAGCUUUGGAAGCUUCGGAUCAAGACCUUUGAACAAUAAUUUAGAAGAGGCAUCUGAUAUAGCUCCACAGAUUGAACAUUCUGAUGCUAGAAAUACCGAGUUCUAUGGAGAUGAACAUUUAGGAAGCAUGUCCAAUGGAAACAGGGUCCAUGCGUCUACUGCAGAAAAUUACAAUGAUUCUUCAGAAUCUCAGGGGGAGGAUUUGUUGCCAGAAAAUCCUGAAACCGUUCAUCAGGAGAACCAGUACACCGUUGCUCAAUCCGAUCAAGAGUAUGCAUAUGAAAACGCCAAGCAGCAGAUGAAUACUGCGUUUGAUGCUUCACAGACGAGCAUGCAUAAUCAGAUGCAGAAUCUUACCUCUUUAACAAAUGUGAUGCAAGGGUAUUCAAACUCUGUUCCAAACACUCUAUUGGGACAGAAUGCACAAAGUGCGAGGGAGCUUGAGCUUCAGUACACGACUUUCCCAGGGGCACAGUCCAUGCCAUCAAGAAGCAACGAUUCCUCACAAGGUGGCCAAAGCAUUUCUAUGCCAGAGGCGCUCAGAGAUGGUGGUGGUAUUCAAACAACGCAGCCAAGCCAGCAGAACUUACCCGGUGCCAAUAUUGCUACUCAACAGCUACCAAUGCAUCCAUACUCUCAGCAUACUGUGCCUCUAACUCACUUUGCCAACAUGAUGAGUUAUCCUUUGAUGCCUCAGAGCUACCCAUACAUGCCAUUUGCUGGUAAUAGCCCAUACCACCCGUCACUGGCCGCUUUGCUUCCGCAGUACAAAAACAACGUCUCAGCCAGUAAUUUGCCUCAGUCAGUAACUUCUGCCCCUAUCUCCUCCGCGUAUGGGUUUGGGAAUUCAAACAAUGUUGGACCCGGAAACUUCCCUCUUAACCAACAACAACAACAACAACAGGCAGCUCCUACUGGGGCAACACUCAGUUAUGAAGACAUCAUGAGUCUACAAUACAAACAGAACAACCAUCUAUUGUCACUUCAGCAGCAACAACAACAGCAGAAUGAUAACUCGCCUCUAUGGGUUCAUGGACCUGGUUCUCAAACAAUGUCUGGUGUCCAGAGCAAUGCGUACUACAGCCUUCAAGCACAACAGCAAGCUCAGCAAGAAGCGCAACAGCAAUAUGGAUCGCUUGGCUACCCAAACUACUAUCAGUCACAGACCGGAAUGUCAAUGGAGCACCAACAGCAAAACCCAAGGGAGGGUGGCUCGCAAGGCCAACCUUCAAAGCAAACUCAGCAGCAGCACCUCUGGCAAAACUCUUACUAGGUAGUUUCAGCCUCAUGGGUUUUGUGUACUUGUCACGUAGCCGUGGCUAUAAAGCUGAUAGCCAGUUAUAUAGGUUAUCGGUUAUUUGAGUUGUUGGGUAGGGAGAGUGAAAGAGAAAAGAACGGAUCCUCACCAUGUCACUGUGAGUGUAUUUGUCAUCUUCUUUCUGUAUACUUUGAAAACAAGCAAACUCAAAUUUUGAUCAA